GCCCACACCUCCUCGCGCCUCCUCCAGCCUUUCCGCGCGCCUCCCUGCUCACACACGCCGCUUAGUUAGUUGUCAUGGCGAUGGAGUCAGCCCUGGCGUCGGCUCCGGGGGCUGUUGCCAUGGAGAUGCCCGUGCGAGCUGCGCUCCCGGUGGUGGAGGAGGACGAGGACUCCGGCUCUCCCGGGUCCGAGGAGAGGCUACAGCACCGCCGGAGAGGAGGCAGACAGCGACGCGGGCUGCCGUUCAACCGGAGCGGCUACUACACGCUGAUAGUGAUCGGGCAGAUCGGCACGGAGCAGCAGCUGGACGCCGCCAGAGCGCAGAUAGAGCGGGGAAUCCGAUCCUGGGACGUGGAUUUGAAGUGCUGUGACCUUGAUCAGCAGCUGCAGCUGUUUAUAACUCGCCACUCGGCCCAUUUCUCCUCCAAGGUCAGAGGGGAAAGGACUCUGCACCAUAAAAGCGAUGUCCUAGAGAUUGUGGUGCUUGUGAACCCGUCAGUGGACACUGUCGUAUCAGAGAUCCAGUCUCUCGUGACAGAUUCCGCAGGACACAAACUUCUGGUCUUGAGUGGCCAGAGCUCAGAUCACGGUGGCCUUCUUCUUCAGACAGGAGUUUUCACCCAUCAAACCUUCUCCCAGAUCUUUGCUGAUCCUGCAGUCAGUGAGUUGCUGGGAACAGCAGCCCCCAAGCAGCAGGCAACACUCACUGUGUCCUGCCGUGGGGAGGUGGGCUGGAGCUCGGUGGGACAGCAGCCCACCCUGCGGGACUUCCUGGAAUACAAACUUAACCCGGAGCCCGUUCUCCCCAAGAUGGAGGGCGUCACAGAGUUCACAGAGUACGUCUCUGAAACCGUCGACGUCCCCUCGCCUUUCGACCUGCUGGAGCCCCCCACCUCCGGAGGCUUCCUGAAGCUGUCCAAGCCAUGCUGCUACAUCUUCCCCGGAGGACGGGGAGACUCGGCACUCUUCGCUGUGAACGGCUUCAACAUCCUAGUGGACGGAGGCUCUGAGAGAAAGUCCUGCUUCUGGAAACUGGUCCGUCACCUGGACCGCAUCGACUCAAUUCUGCUCACUCACAUCGGAGCUGACAACCUCCCAGGUAUCAAUGGGCUCCUUCAGAGGAAGAUUGCAGAACAGGAGGAGGAGCGGUCACAAGGCUCCACAAACUACAGUGACUGGAUGAAAAACCUGAUUUCUCCUGAGCUUGGCGUCGUCUUCUUCAACGUGCCAGAGAAGCUCCGUCUGCCAGAAUCCAAUCUCAAAGUGAAACGCAGCAUUGAAGAGGCCUCGCUUACGCUGCAGUACCUUAGUAAACUAGGAAUCAAGCCGGACCCCCUGUAUCGAGUGGUCAGCAACAACAUCGAGCCCAUCACACUUUUUCAUAAGAUGGGAGUGGGGAGGUUAGACAUGUACAUUCUCAACCCUGUCAAAGACAGCAAAGAGAUGCAGUUUUUAAUGCAGAAGUGGGCUGGCAAUAGCAAGGCCAAAACUGGCAUUGUGCUUCCCAAUGGGAAGGAAGGAGAAAUAUCUGUGCCCUACCUGACAUCAGUCACUGCCUUAAUCGUGUGGCUACCAGCCAACCCUACAGAAAAGAUCAUCAGAGUGCUGUUCCCGGGGAAUGCACCGCAAAACAAGAUCUUAGAGGGGCUGGAAAAACUGAAGCACCUUGACUACUUGAGGUAUCCCAUAGCCACACAAAAGGACAUAGCCUCAGGAGCUCCUCCAUCUGUUAUUAAGCAAACCAAGCUAAAACAAAGAACAGAUAGCAAAGAAAGUCUCAAAUCAUCCCCUAAAACUACUGCAAAGACCCCAAAGAAAGAAAGCGAUGGACAAGACGACGUGUCAAACACCACAGAGGCAAAGAGCGACUCUGUGAAGGAAAACGUGGUAGAGAAGAAAGAGGAGAAGAAGCCAGCCAAAACCAUAAAAUCCAAAACUGAAGUGCCAGAAAAGAAAAAACUGAAAGAGAAAACCGUGAAAAAGCAUUCCAAGGAAAGGCCGUCGAAAAUGGACGAGAAGAAAGACAAGGAGAAGAAAGAGAUAAAGAAAGUGAAGAAAGACGAUUCUGCCAAAAAAGAUGAAAAGAAAGAGGCCAAGUCCAAAGAGGACAAGAAGAAGGAUGCAUCCAAACCUGAGCUGAGGAAAAUCACCAAGCCCGACCUGAAACCACUCACCCCUGAAGUCAGGAAGACCUUGCACAGAGCAAAAGCCUCAAGUAAAACCAAAACUGGAAAAAGCAAAGCUGCGAAGGCUGAACCUGCUGAGCCCAAAGUAGACGAAGCGAAGCCUGAAGUUAUAAAACCCGAGCCCAUCGAGGGAGUACUGCGGGGGGCUCCAACAGCUGUCUCCACACCUGAAGACCUCACCAAGGAUUUUGAUGAACUGAAAAAGGAUGAAGGUAAUGCUGUAUUAGCAGAGCUACCUGCGAGUAAAAAGGAUUCCCCUGAGCCGACAGCAGAGAGCCAAAUCCAAGAGACGACCGAAGCUCCAGAUGCAGUUUCAGAACUCCCACAGAAACCAAAGUCCCCUGAAAAGGAGGCACCUGCCCCAGAGGCAGAAGCAAAAACUGAAGUAAGAGACGAGGCGUCCACUGAGGACAGGGAACUGGAAGAAGCUCAGACAUUUGAGGAUGAGGGAGCUGCAUCUCAAGACGAGGAAGAGGUGGAGGAAGAGCCCCCUGCUGCAGUACAGAAAGCAGUGGAGCAAGAGGAAGAUGAGGAGGAGGAUAUGGGGAUAGGUGUGGAUGAAGAUGAGUCGAAGUGGACGGAGGCAAAGGAUGAUGGACUUGACAGGAAACACGAGACAGAAGAAAUGGAGAAAUCAGAAUAUCUGUCCACUAAAGCUCUGACAGCACAGGAGCUCCAAACGACUCCAUCUAAAGUGGAGAAAGAGAAAGAAGCUCAGAUGGAGGUGGAGGAGGAGGAGGAGGAGGAGGAAGAGGAGGGACUGGAAAAACCUGAACUGGAAGAGGUGGAGGACUUAGACGUGAUAGCAGAUGAAGAGAUCAAAGUCCAGCCUGAAGAUAUAGUUGAAACCAAAACAAGUGGGAUUGUGACUGCGGCGGCCACAGAAGGAGCCACUGCAGCCGAACCCGUCUUCUACAUCCAGGACGAGCUGAUUCCCGGGUACUCCGAGACCGAGCAGACCAUCUCUGACGAGGAGAUUCACGAAGAGGCAGAGGAGAGAAUCCCUCAUCUCCAGUACGACGUCGGUGUCUACGACAUCUCUGUUCCAGACAAGACGGGCUCCUUUGUAGACAUCCAUGGCAUGAGGGAGAUGCAGGCAGCUGCCAUGGCUGACAAAGCUUUCAUUCCAGGCGUGCAGGAACAAGUAUCUGUUUUCACCAACAUCAUCACCGCUCCUCUGGCGGAAGAAGAGCACGUGUCCUCAGCAACCUCUAUCACAGAGUACGACAAAAUGUCCUCCUUUCCUACGUCUAUUGCGGAUGAUCAGUCGGUGGCGUCUGUGGCCGCGCCCCCUGCCGAGGAACCACUUAAAACCCCGCCUUCUUCUUCGACAGCAGUAAGCGCCGGCCAAGGCAAGGAGCAGCCACGCUCUGCAGGAAGCCUAUCACCACCUUCCUUGGAAGAGGACAAGGUGUCCAAGUCUCCAUCCAGUGAUUUACAUCUCCCCAUCGCAGAGGAGAAGAUGGCAGCUGAGGUGCCUGACAAGUCAGAAGAGGAAGAAGAAGAGGAAGACGAGGAAGAAGACCAAACCCCUAAUGUUGACAUUUCUCUUGAAAAACUCCAAGAGCGCUAUGCCGCGUCCCAAAUCUUGCAGGGCAAAGAGGCGGACAUUGUGGAGCUUUCUGACCGUAGAUCUCCUGAGAAGACUCACCAUGACAUCAAACCAGUCCAUCUCCCAGUGGAGGAGGAAAACAUAGAUGCAGUAGCACCCAAAGACAUUUCAUCGGUUGUGCCUACGAGACCCUUUGGAUCCGACUCCGUGACCUCAGAGAGCGAGGAGCGUUGCUUCAGUCCGGAUGACAUCACAGUGAAAAUGGCUUCUCCUCCGCAGUCCGGACCCUCGAGUGCAGCUCAUUCUCCCAUUCACCAGUCUCCGGAUGAAAGCAAGAUAAAGGUUUUCCUGGAGUCGGAGUUGCUGAAGGAGGCGGUUCUUCCGGGGGAAGUCGCCACAACGGUCAGCCAAACCAAAGUCAAGGAUGACCAGGAAGGUGAGAAGCAGAAAGAAGCUGACAGGCAGAAAGUAGGCCAGUUUGAAGAAGUGUCUGGGGGAUCUGAGGACAAGUUGUUGGAAAAGGACAUUAAAGAGGUUCAAGUAACGAAAGAGAACGAAAAAGAGAUUGCCUCAGUGCCAAAAGAUGAAGGAAAAGAGGCAGAAUUAAUGCCUGCUGUUGCAUCAACCUUAAAAGAAACUAAACCACCCAUUGGGGCCGUAGAGGAUUCCACCCCAUCAUCCGAUGAAGAAGAUCCACACAGCUGUGUCAGAGAGGAGGAACCUAAAGUGCCUGGAUUAGGUCAAUUCCCAGAGGAGAAGAAGGGUUUAUUGGAUCAUGAUAAAAAAGAUGACGAUGACGAAGAUAAUGAUGAUGAUGAUAAAUCUGCCAUUAAAGCCACCAGUGCAGAGUAUGAAAAAGAUGAAGAGGUUUCGGGUCUGAAAGAAGUGAAGGAGGAGGAAAAACAGAAAUCUGUCAUUCAGGAAGCCGUUUCAGCCGUAGCGUCCGUUGUGGAUGAGAAGGUAGAGAAAAUCUCCAUAAAGGAGGAUGUUUGUGACACUACACCUACUAAAGCAGAAGGAGCAAAGGACACUAUAGCUGCUGAUGAAGCUGUGAAGGGUGAGCACAAAGAGACAGAAAAGGAGGAUACGACUAAAAGCAAUGAACAAGUCCAGAAAGAAGCUGUGCCUUCUGCAGUCAAACAAGUCGAAGAUGAACAGACAGAGAAAGAGGGAAUACAACAGCAUGAAGUUGACCUCAAAACCACCGGUGACAUAAGGGAAACAGAGGUGGAGAGGGAUGAUAUAUCUGAUAAGAAGAUUUUAAAAGACGAUGAGAAGAAAGAGAUGGAAAAGUCGGAUACAUUUGAUAUCAAGACCCAUGAAAAAGAUGUUGAAAAGGUCCAAACAUCAGAUGUCAGGGAUGUUAAAGAAGAGGGCCAGAGUGAGGAAAAGACAGAUGACGUGCCAAUUUCUGAGUCUUCCCAAGAUGAGAAGAAAAAGGAGAAAGAGUCAUCGGAAAUCAAACUGCAAGAAAAAGAAGUGGAAAAACAAGAUGUGUCGGCCAUUAAACCCUUCACAGAUCAUGGAGAGGAGCAGAUAAAAAAAGAUGAGGAAAUUAGUGACACAUUUAAAGCUCCUUUUGCCAGCAAAGAAGAUGAUGAGCAAGAAAUGAGGCCAGAUGCAAUCCGGACGCUCAGCCACGCCAAAGUGGAGGAGAAGGAUGAGACAGUGAGUAAAAAGGAGAUCGCUACCGACUGGAUGCCAAGUGAACAGGAAGAGAACAUCACAAAGAAAGAAGAUACCCCACACAGUAAACCUUGCCAGGAAGAAGAUAAAGAUAUAACCAAAAGCAAAGAUGAUGCAUCGCUAUUUAAACCUCCUGUUGAUGAAGACAAUAACCAGAACAUGAAGAAAGGAGGUACUACGGCUCUUCAGUCAGGGACAUCUGAGGAAGAGGAGCAGCUGCUUAGCAAGGAGGAAAUCCCUGGUGGCAAACCAACAACUGAAGGAAAAAGGGAACACGAAGAAAGUAAAGACACUGAUGGUGCAGUACAAGCUAGCAAAGUGGACACAGAGCCUGAAGUCAUACGUAAAGAUACUGAAUCCCCCGAUACCAUAACUAGCAAAGAAGUAAAAGAACCACUUCAAACUGAAAAAGCAACCACGGAUGGAGGAGAGGAGCAGCAUAAAACACAGGAAGAUGUCAUGUCUGCUUUCAAAGCAGCGCCAAUAGUGGAAGGAGAUGCGGUAAUAAGUGAGUGUGUACCGGCUGUCAAAACAACCAAAGAUGAAGCAGCCCCGAAGGAUGUCAGUAAUGAGGCCUCUCCCACAAAAGGAGCUGAACAAGACAAAGAAAUCAGUAAAGAGCUCCACGCAGAGGGAGCAAAAGAGAAGGCAGCAGAGCAGGAGGAAAAAACAGCUCUCAAGCCGUCCGAGGAAGAACACGCGACAGUUCAGGGUCACAGUGAGGAUAUCCUGCACUCCAAGGAGGGGGAAGAUACAUCUAAAGACAUGAUUUCAGACAUAAAACCCUGCAAAGAGCAGGAAACACAAGAAACGACUGGUGUUUCCUCAGAUACAGAGGAGCAGAAGAAAGUUGAAGCCAAGGAUGAUGAGACAUCAGAUUUAAAACCUGACAAAGACGAGACGAAGAAGACAGUGAUUGCAGAACCUGACGUCACGAAAGAGGAAGAAAAGAUCGAUGUUACUAAAUAUGUAUCUGGUACCGAGAAGGAAAAGGACACAGAUACUUCUGCUGAAACCUCUACGGAUGGAAAGCUGCAGGAAAAAAGAGACAUUUCUGUGAAACAACCCCCUGAAGAGGAUAUUAUUGACCAAAAACCCAUGACAGAGCAAAUGAAGCAGCUUGACUGGACUGACACCACAGACAAGAAAGAAGGGGAUCCUACUGAACCAUCCCCUGGCACACAAGACAAGGAGCUGUCAAAGGCUGAAACGCGUGAAGAGGAAAAAGGUGAAGUGAAGCCGGACGGUCAGGUUGUAAAGGAGGCACACAUUCCAACAAGUAGCAUCACAGAGGAGAAAGUUGGCAAAGACAAUUAUCCCACUGAGUCCCAAUCUAAGAUGGAUGAUAGAAAAGAAACGAGUGUUAGUGAUGAAAGUACAGAUCGAGAAGGUUCUGAUAAACUGUCUGGAGUCCAGCCGGGGAAGGAAACGGCUCUCAGAAGGAAUACUUCAAGGAUCUGUGCCGAAAGAUGUCAUUGGUAUGUCCUUUCAAGAUAUCCAGGCGGAGCCACUAAAAGAAGAUAAAGAAAGUAAAGUUUUUAGUCAGGAAGAGAGGAUGGAGAGGGAAAAGGACGAUGCACACGUUGCCGAAUUGAGCAAAGAACAGAAAAUGGAGAAAGAACAAGAAAAGGACUACACUUACGAGGACAUCAAAGAGGAAAAGACCAAACCGGCUGAGGAUGUAAAGAGGAUUCCAGAA